UUCAAACUGGGAGCUGCGUCCAGGAUGGUUUAACGUACAACGACAAGGAUGUGUGGAAACCAGAACCCUGUCAGAUCUGCGUCUGCGACAGCGGCAACAUCCUCUGCGACGAGGUGAUCUGUGAGGACACCUCCGACUGCCCCAACGCCGAGAUCCCCUUCGGAGAGUGCUGUCCCAUCUGUCCUGACACUGAUGCCUCCCCCACCUACCCAGAAAGUGCUGGAGUAGAGGGUCCUAAAGGAGACACCGGCCCCAAAGGAGACAGG